UCAUUCCUUCCCCUCCCUCAUUCAUCACACAAACUAGCAUUUCUAGAGAGAGAGGGGAAUCUCAGGUGAUUUCUCUCCCUCUGCCAUCCAUUUCCACUGUCGCCUGCUGCAGCAAUCCAUCAUCUUCAGCUCCCGCAUUGCCUCCGAUUCCACUCUUAAAACUCAAUCUGUAAGAAGAAAUAUGGUGUUGUGGGUAUUCGGGUACGGGUCAUUGGUGUGGAACCCGGGAUUUGAGUAUGAUGAGAAAGUGAUUGGGUUUAUCAAGGAAUACAGACGCGUAUUCGAUCUCGCCUGCAUUGAUCAUAGAGGCACGCCUCAGCACCCUGCUAGAACUUGUACCUUGGAGAAGAGUCAAGGCUCUCUAUGUUGGGGGGCUGCGUAUUGCGUUCGUGGAGGGCUGGAGAAAGAAAAGGCAGCAAUGGAGUAUCUGGAAAGAAGAGAAUGUGAGUAUGAUGAGAAAACACUUGUAGACUUCUACAAGGAAGGUGAAUCUGAGGUGCCCUUGCUCACUGGAGUCAUAGUGUUCACUUCCACUCCAGAUACGAUAUCAAACAAGUACUAUCUGGGCCCUGCUCCUUUGGAGGAGAUGGCAAGGCAGAUUGCAACGGCCACUGGACCGUGCGGGGACAAUAGGGACUACCUCUUCUCGAUGGAGAAGGCGAUGUUCGACAUUGGUCAUGAAGAAGACUAUGUGAUCGAGCUAGCGAAUGAAGUGAGGAAGGUGCUCGGAAUAGUAAGUGUCGCGGCCAAGGAGAACAAGUUAUCGGGUCCUUCCCUCGUUCCUCUGAAGUCGAGCUUGUCACCUGUGAAACUAGCAACAUUGUCGGGGGCAAUAGCGAUGGAUUCUUGAAAGCAGCUGUUAACAGCGGAAAGUUGAAGCUUUGUUUGUUGUAACAAGGCUGCUUUCUGCCGAUUUAGGUAAGAGUCUUUGUUUCCCAUCAAAUUCAGUUCAGAUUAUUAACAGAAUAAAGCUUCCUUGUUUUGAGGCAAAAGUAUCCUUGUUUUUCACUAGAACUCAUGUUGUUUUUCCAUCAUCAAAGAAGCAAAAAAAAAAUCCCACUUUCUUUGUAUAA